AUGAUGACCAGAUUCCCAGUCCUGAUCAUUCUGGCGUCGAUUGCGCUAGGAUCAUUGCCGCAACAAGAAAAGGAUCGCAAAGCGUUGCAUUUUGUGACGGAGCCCAACAUCAGAGCGAUCUCUUUGACAGUGACCGAGCAUGAUCCGAAAGCCAUAGCGCCAGGAUAUUGGUUCGUAGCGCCACUUGUCAACAGCAAAGUCCCACUUCCUGAAGAUCGUGAGUACGCACCCCUCAAAACAGGAGCGCAGAUAUACAAUCGUAAUGGUGACCUCGUGUGGAGCAUGCAAGACCAGCCAAUGCCACAAGUGCACAGUUUUCAGCCUGUGUACGUCAAUGGCUCCCAGCAGCUUACUCUGGUCGUCCAACAAUCGGGCCUGCUGGACGCUGGAAGGCUUGGGGUCACAGCUGGUAUUGUCAUGAACGAUCAUUUCGAACAGAUUGCUCGUGUGGUGACCAAAGGCGAGAACAUACAUCAAGACUUCCAUGAGUUCCACCUCGAUCACUCCGGCAGAACGGCGAUAGUGGCAGCAAGAUUCCUUUCCAACCACAAUGAGAAGGAUAGCGGAAACGGGAACUCUGGGUUCCAGGAAAUCGAUCUGUUGACGGGAGAAGGCACUUUCCAAUGGAACGCCUUGUCAGCGGGUGUUGGGUUCGAUGAGAGCCAUCCUACAGUGCAGCGACUGCCGCCAAGAACAACCACCACUGCCACCACGCCGGACUUCUUCCACCUCAAUUCCGUGGACAAAGAUGCAGACGGUGAUUACCUAGUAUCUGCUCGCCACACCAGUACAAUCUACAAAAUCUCCAGAAUAGACGGCUCGAUCAUAUGGCGUCUUGGCGGGACCAAAUCCGACUUCACUCUUACUCCCGACGUAACUUUCCACUUCCAACAUGAUGCCCGCUUCCGCUUCGAGAACAGUACCCACACCAUCAUAUCCCUCCUCGACAACGCUGUACCUCCACACAAGUCACGUCACGAAGAGGAACACGAACAACACCCGCAAACGCCCCAGAGCUUCGGCAAGAUUAUUCUCCUCAACCACGACACCAGAUCCGCCACCCUGCUUCGCCACUUUCCUCGCCCGCACAACCUGCCAAGUCGGAAAAUGGGGAAUCUUCAAACCCUCGGCAAAAAUCCUUUGACAUCGAACGUUCUUAUUAACUGGGCAAGUCCCAGCGGUAUCAGCGAGUUUGACUCCAGGAAUAGACUAAUCCUAGAUGCAAGCCUAGCAGGAGGGACUGUGACAUCCUACCGAGUGUUCAAAGCCCCAUUCGUUGGACGACCUCUUCGGCCUCCGGUGAUGACAGUUCUGCCAGCUGUGCAUGGGUGGGACGGAAAGGGGAGGAGUGCCACGUUCUAUAUGAGCUGGAAUGGAGCGACGGAUGUGAGAGGUUGGAGAAUAUGCAUUUCGAAUGAUGAGGAAGUCGAAGGUACCUUUGAAGUCGUGGCGGAAAUUUCGAAGAGAGGGUUUGAAACUGCUUGGAGUCUGGUCAGUGGAAAGAGUGGUCAGAGAGCUUUCGUGGAGGCUAUUGAUGCUAGUGGUGACGUUUUAGGGAAAUCCGAGACGAGCCAAAUGCCUGGCUGGCAUGGAGAACAAGAACGAGAGCAAGAGGAUGAUAUCGAUACUGGAGGUGCUCACUGGGCGUUGAGGUGGACGUUGUACGCAUGGGCAAUGUAUGGGCUGUGGACAGCUGCGCAUCAGACUUUGGUCUUGUACCGGCGAGCAGGGCGGCGGCGUGGUGGCGGCUACAAGUUGCUGCAGUAG